CAAAGCUCCACGCGCCAGAGCGCAGAAGCCGCGGAGAAAGGUUUGUUAUUAAGAAAAGUUUAAUAAAUAAAAUAAAUAAAUAAACACAAUCUGAAGAAGAGUUCAACACAAAGACAUAUGAGCUGAAACGUUGAAGCUACAUUUAAAACAAGAGACGAGGAAGAAAUAACAGAAGAAGCAGCAGAAGAAGAAGAAGAAGAAGAAGAAGACGCGGUGUUUAAAAGUUAAAGUCCUGUGUGAAGGAUGCGUCUUUGUAACUUUUCGGUGUGACAAACAAAAGAUGGAGCGUCAAGAAAGGAGAGAAGAGGAGGAAGAGGAGGAGGAAGAGGAGGGGGUGAUGAAGGUGGGCGUCAGAGGCAAAAGGAUCGGUGGACUCACUCCGAUCUCCGCCUCCUCCUCCUCCUUCACCGCCUUUCCUUUCCUCGCCUCCUCACUCUGCCGAGGAGGAGGAGGAGGAGGAGAGGAGGAAGACGAGGUCAGCGUGGCCAUCGUGACCAUCGAGGACGAGUCCUGUCCGUCAGAGCCCUUCGGCAGUGACUCCGCCCACCUGGACACGACCAAUCGGAUCGUACGAACUCCCGGCGAAGGAGAGACGGGAGGAGAGGAAGAGGAGAAGAAGGAGGAUGAAGAGGAGGAGAAGGAGGAGGAAGAGGAGACGGGAAGAGAGGAAGAGGAGGAGGAAGAGGAGGAAGAGGAGGAGACGUCACCAUCGCUUCACCUGCUGAGUCAGAUGAAGAGGAAGUUGGAUCACGGUCCAGACGGCCGUCCGUUCCCUUCCGGGAAGAAGCGCUGCAAAGGACACCUCCGUCCAGCCAGUCUGGUUCAGGCCACCACGCCAACCACGUUCGGCGACCUGCGGCUGGCCAACGGGCACUCGGCUCAGCGGCGGCGCGUCACCUCCGGCCCGCCGCCCUCCGGCCUGCAGGACUGGCUCCACACCUUCCAGGCCUGGAGCGGCCCUGAGAGGCUAUUGGCUCUGGACGAGUUGAUUGACAGGUGUGAGACCAGUCAGGUGAAGCACGUGAUGCAGGUCAUCGAGCCCCAGUUCCAGAGAGACUUCAUCUCCCUGCUGCCCAAAGAGCUGGCCCUGUACGUGCUCACCUUCCUGGCCCCCAGAGACCUGCUACAGGCCGCUCAGACCUGCAGGUACUGGAGGAUCCUGGCUGAGGACAACCUGCUGUGGAGGGAGAAGUGCCGAGAGGAAGGCGUGUCGGAGAACGCGUCGUGGCGUCGCAGGAAGUGCUCGCGGCCGGGCGCGGCGGCGUUCAGUCCGUGGAAAUCGGCCUACAUCCGACAGCACCGCAUCGAGAACAACUGGAGGAAAGGGGACGCGGGAGAACCGAUGGUGCUGAAAGGUCACGAUGAGCACGUGAUCACCUGCCUGCAGUUCAGCGGCGACCUCAUCGUCAGCGGCUCCGACGACAACACGCUCAAAGUCUGGUCCGCCGUCACCGGGAAGUGUCUCAGGACGCUGGCCGGUCACACCGGCGGCGUGUGGUGCAGUCAGAUGUCGGUCGCCACGGUGAUUAGCGGCUCCACUGAUCGGACGCUGCGCGUGUGGGACGCCGAGAGCGGCACCUGUACGCACACGCUGUACGGACACACCUCCACCGUGCGCUGCAUGCACCUCCACGGCAACCGGGUGGUCUCGGGCUCCCGGGACACGACGCUGCGCGUGUGGGACGCGCUGACGGGCCGCUGUGAGCACGUGCUGACGGGCCACGUGGCCGCGGUCCGCUGCGUCCAGUACGACGGGCGCCGCGUCGUGUCGGGCGGCUACGACUACAUGGUGAAGGUCUGGGACCCCGAGACGGAGGCGUGUCUGCACACGCUGCAGGGACACACCAACCGAGUGUACUCGCUGCAGUUUGACGGUGUGUUUGUGGUCAGCGGAUCUUUGGACACGUCGAUCAGAGUCUGGGACGCGGAGACAGGUGGGUGUGUCCACACGCUGACGGGCCACCAAUCGCUGACCAGCGGCAUGGAGCUGCGCGACAACGUGCUCGUGUCCGGCAACGCCGACUCGACGGUCCGAGUGUGGGACGUCCGGACGGGCCAGUGUCUGCACACGCUGCAGGGUCCCAACAAGCACCAGUCGGCGGUGACGUGUCUGCAGUUCUGCCGCGGUCUGGUUCUGUCCAGCUCCGACGACGGGACGGUCAAACUGUGGGACCUGAAGACCGGGUCCUGGCUGCGGGACGUGGUGGCCCUGCAGAGCCGGGGAUCAGGAGGCGUGGUCUGGAGGAUCCGGGCCUCCGACACGCGGCUGGUUUGUGCCGCCGGCAGCCGGAACGGGACGGAGGAGACCAAGCUGCUGGUUCUGGACUUCGACCCGGAGACGGAGACCCAGAUCCAGACCCAGAUCCAGACCCAGACCCAGACCCAGUGAGGGGCGAGGGGGCCAAUGUUCUUCUGA